UUAUCGACACUGCUGCCGUGAUAGGCGGUGGUGUCCAUUAAAAAUAAAUUCAAAAUUACAAAAAAUAAAUUAAAUUAAUAAAAAAAUUAAAAUUCUUGAAAGUGAUAAAAAAUAAGUUGAAAAUGGUAGCGGAUUUGGAUAAAAUUGCGGCGAACCGUUCGUUUUGGGCGGGACAGGUGGAUUACGUGGAUGAAUGGACGUUGAUGCCAACACCGUAUCCAAUCGUCACCAUCCUGGUAGCAUAUCUACUGUUCGUGUUGAAGCUGGGUCCUCAGUUCAUGAAGAACCGGGAACCGUUCAAACUGAACAACAUUCUCCUUUUCUAUAACGCUUUCCAAGUCGCUUUCUCCUGCUAUCUCUGCAGCAUUGGUAUCUCGGCCAUCCUCGAGAAAGGAUUGGUAGAGUCGUCGUGUUUCAUGAAUGAACCCGAAACAAGGAAUAGGAUCGUAACAGGUCACUACUGGUACUUCGUUGCCAAACUGACUGAACUCUUGGACACUGUUUUCUUCGUGCUGAGGAAGAAGUGGAACCAACUAUCCUUCCUCCACGUCUACCAUCACACCAUAAUGUACUUUGCGGCGUGGACAGCAUUAAAAUACGAGCCUACGUUUAGUCUUGUGUUUCUCGGAACGUUGAAUUCGUUUGUACACAUCAUCAUGUAUGGUUACUACGGACUUGCCGCGUUUCCUGGCUUGGAGAAGUAUUUGUGGUGGAAGAAAUACAUUACUAAGAUGCAGUUGAUCCAAUUCGCAGUCAUCAUGGUGCAGAUCACGUGGAACUCCAUAGUAUCAGAGUGCCCGCUCUCCUAUUUCCUGCUCACCCUGUGUUGGGCCCACGGAUUCCUCUUCAUCUACCUCUUCACAGACUUCUACGUCAAGAGUUAUUUGCAGAAGAGAAGAGAAAGUAACGCCAAGAUGAAUUUACAGAACCAUAAAGUAGAAGAGUUGAAGUCUAAACAUGUUAGUGAAAUAGAUGAGGCAAACGGUAAAAAAUCAGUUGAUAAAGGUCGGUAGCAAGAGUUAAUAUUAUCAACAACAAUCAUAUUUAAAAUUGACAAAUGUUUAUAAUGUGACUAAUUAUUAGGUACUUACUUAAUUCCUUGAUGCUUAAUACUGACAUUAUUUGUAAUAUUGUACGUCCGACAUGGACAUGCUGUUGAGACAAUUUUAUAAUGUUUGACACCUGCGUGUAUGUACCUACACAGCUUCUCAAUAAAUGUUCUUGUUUCUUGUUAUGUGCAUGUGUUAGUUCACUAGAAUGUCAUGCUUGUUAUAAUAUUACUUAUAAUUUAUUAUAAAUUUUGUUACUACAUUAAACCGAUUUUUAUUAAUUAUGGAAUGCUUCCCACUUUGAAAGAGGUAUUAACAUCUAUCUCUCCCCUAAUAUUUCGUCAAUCACGAGUUUUUAUUCAAACAAAAAUCGCCAUUAUUAUUACUGUUAUGUUUAAGUCCCAUGUAAUAAAUAGCCUAUUGUGUAACCGGACACAAAGGGAAUGGACUUUGCCGUCUUCUGUAUUUCCGAAUGCAUACCUAUAACCCGGGUGCUUUCAAGGCCAGAGUGAACAGGCACCUUCUGGGUGAGCUCCAUCUUAGGCCUCGUCAAUGCUUUCGGACAAGUCUGGGGCCAAGAGCAAACCCAUCAAAGGUAAAAAAACCCUGGAAAUCAUGCUAUAUCAGUGCGUAUGCGUUCUACGUGCGUAGGAAGGUACCUAUAUCAAAAAUAGGUAGGUACAGUAAGCUAUAGUUUCUGUACUAUGUGUCAUCGAAAUCACUUUAUGCUGAAUCGCUGAAUGUAGAAGUGUGGCUGCCAAUAAAAUUGUCUUCUUACUUAA